ACAGAACUUCUUCUACCAUUUGAUCUCGUAGCGACUUGCGAGGACCUGACGGAACUGCUGUCAGUAGAAACCAAGUUAGCGAUCAGGAAGAGCUGCGCGCCAGAAAAGUGGAAGGCUGUCCUCGAUCAUAUCGCCCCCUCCGAGAUAUUUCCCGCUGCAAGCUGGUGAGAAACGCAGGAAACCGCCGUAGGUCGAGAGUUCAACAUAACCAUGGCUAAUAUAGCGAUGCAACGGAUUCGCAGAGAAUUCAAGGAGGUUGUCAGAUCCGAUGAGCAAUCUAUAAAAUUGGAAUUGCAAGAAGACAACGUUCUCAGUCUGACGGGAUACAUCACGGGACCCGAGAAGACGCCCUACGAGGGAGGUCGUUUCCACGUUCAGAUUACGAUUCCCGAAACGUACCCAUUCAAUCCCCCAAUCGUGAAAUUCACGACGAAGCUAUGGCACCCAAACAUCAGCUCUCAAACAGGUGUGAUUUGUCUCGACAUCCUCAAAGAUCAGUGGGCAGCAGCGAUGACGCUCCGGAUAGUUCUAUUAUCGUUGCAAGCAUUGCUGUCCGCUGCGGAACCGGAUGACCCGCAGGACGCCGUAGUAGCGAACCAGUAUAAGACCAAGCACAGUCUUUUUCAACAAACAGCCCGGUUCUGGGCGCAGACUUUCGCUGGCGCUCCCGGACCGUUGAACCCCGAUUUCCAAAAGAAAAUUGACAAAUUCCUGGAAGUCGCUCCGCGAGCCGACAGGCACACGGCCAUCCAGCAAUUAUCCAACUUCGAUUGGAAUAUUGAUAAAGCGAUUGAGGAUGUGUACAAAAGUGAUUAGAUAGACAUGUGACGAACUCUAACACUGGCUGUCAUGAUUCCGAGCAUGAGAAAAAUUGACCUCUCAAAUACGGCCGGAGAGUGCGUGUGAUACAUAAUAUAGAUUCGUGAGUGGAAGUUUUAUAAAUAAUGCGCGACCUUCUACAGCUAUGGAAGACAGUGCGCUCGAAAA